AAAAAUACCAUUUUGUUUGUGUUGAUGUGUUGUGUUAUCAAAAUUUUGGAUUUGGACGUGAAUUAUCUCAUCUUUUCAUCCUGUUCUAGCUUCUUACUUAUUUGUUUUUUUUAAAUCGGUUUUCGGAAGUACUACAGAACUCAAUUCAUCCCUAAGAUGGUAGAAGAAACUGUCAACUCAGCAAACAAACCCAAACUCGGAACUCAGAAUCAGCUCAUGUGGCAUCAACAGUUGCCGCUCUCUUAUCUCAGGAGUACUGGACAAAGCAGCCUCAAAAAGUGACUCCAUCGACGCUCCAGAACAUUGCAACUAGGUUGUACUUCUAUGACACGAACAGUUCGUCCCCGUGCUGUCUACUUAUGGUCAGUGGCAGAUGUCCAAAAAUGGUUAAGACGUCAUUGCGCUGAGUAUUACCCAAUGUAUGCUGAUAAAUUUCUUCAGCAUGAAAUCACAGGCAGAGCUCUAGUGAGAAUGACGGAGAACAAGCUUAUUCGCUUAGGGAUCCAAGACAGCAAAGAUCGGCAAGAAAUUUGGAGAGAGAUCAUGAAACUGCGUUUGAAAACAGAUAUUUUGGAAAUCCGAGACUUGGAGAGGAAAAAUUGCAAUGACUGAAGAUAUAUACUCCGGAGCAGGAGGUAUAAAGUGGUAUUUUAUAAAGUUGCAGGCUAGUUUACUGGCUGUAGUGAUUCAAGCAGCAUAUUUCUGAGCAAAAUGUCACCUAAAAUUACAUCAUCAAUUGAAGUAUACUAUGGAUCUUGUGAGCCUAAGAAGCUUGCCUUGUUGUGACUUAGAUUGAAUUGGCUUAGAAUUUGAACAACUGUUUGUUCAAGUCCUCAAAUGUCAGAUUGACAAAUGAUGAGAGAAUGUAAACAAGGAUUAUACGAGAGGAACUAACUGAAAUGGAAAUUAUAUGUAGGUGGAUGCUAUGUAUUGCAUCUGCACAAUAUGUAGUGCACAGACCCUAAAUAGCUGUAUGAUUCAAAUUCUAUUCUAGAUCAAGGGCCUGAAUGAGCAUAAGUCAACAUCAUAUUAUCCUCUCUUAGGGUAGAUUCUCAUUUCUGUGUUCCUUUUCGUUUCAUUACUUAUGGCUCACGAGCUGCCGGGGCAAUGUGCCGAUUUACGAUGUGUCUUGAAAACAUGCAAACCCACUAUCUUCUGACGAUGGUUAGUUUCAAUUUUUUUCAAUUGACCAACUCCAUCAUGCAACUACAUUUUUAGGUAAUACCUAUUGUCAAUUUUUAGUGACUGAAAGUUUUGAGCCAAAAUUUUGUGCCUUACUUUUUCACUUUGUUUUUAUUUUAAAUAAACAUUUGAAGUUGA